AUGGUGUGGAAUGUUCAAGGUGCCGGGAGUUCAAGAUUCUUGAGCAUAAUCAAGGAGUUAGUACGAAUCAACAAACCGACUAUUCUAGCAUUAGUCGAAACACACAUUAGUGGGGAAACGGCAGAAAGAAUUUGCAACCGUAUUGGAUUUUCUGGGCAAUUUAGAGUUGAUGCACAAGGAUUUCGUGGGGGGAUCUGGCUGUUCUGGAGAGAGGAGGAGGUGACGGUGAAAGUCUUAGAUGCCCAUACCCAACAUAUAACAGUUGAAAUCUCGAAGGUGGGGAAAGAGCCGUGGAUUUUCUCGGCUAUUUAUGCUAUCCCCGACUCGACUUUACGUAAACAGUUAUGGGAAGCCCUUGAAGAUGUGAAAAGGAGAUUUAGUGGCCCAUGGUUACUUGGAGGAGACUUUAAUGAAACCAUUAGCAUGGAUGAGCGUAUUGGUAUAGGAGGUUCGGAGAUGCAGCGUAGGUGCCGAAAUUUUGCUAGUUGGGUGGAAGAUAAUGGUCUAAUCGACCUCAUGUACUCAGGACCCAAUCACACAUGGGCUCGAGGUGAUAUAAAAGAGACCCAUAAGGCAGCCCGGUUGGAUAGAUUCUUGAGUAAUGAUGAGUGGAGAUUGAGAUUUGAGGAAGGGUCAGUAAAGCAUCUACCUAAGAGAAACUCUGACCAUUGCCCGAUAAUUGUUAGCUCUAGUGGUUUUGCUCCGGUUCAAUCAACAACAAGGCCGUUUCGUUUCCAAGCCGCGUGGUUAAGCCAUGCCACUUUUGAUGACUUUGUCACAAAGAACUGGGCCCAAGAUGCUCCUGUUAUCCCUUUCCAAGAGGAGUUUGCCAAUAAAUUAAAGAGAUGGAAUAAAGAGGAGUUCCAUAAUAUAUUUAGGAAAAAACAGGAAUUAUGGGCAAGGCUAGAAGGAGUACAGAAGAGGAUGUCAAUUCGGUGGGAUCGAGGCCUAGUAAAACUGGAAAGUAAGCUACGGAGGGAACUUGACGAUGUGUUGCAUCAAGAAGAGAUGAUAUGGUUCCAGAAAUCAAGAUUAGAGGCUAUCAAGGAUGGUGACCGCAAUACAAAUUCUUCCACCUGUCAACAGUAA